GUUUCUGACUCGGGCUGUAGUCCACCAUGCAGAAAACACUCCUCGUCGUCGUGCUCGCGGCCUUUGUCGGCAGCAGCUCUGCACAGGAGAGAUGCUCCUCGCGAUGCAUCGAUCUGGCCGAGAGAGUUCACAGUGCCAAUUUCAUCGUCAGACCUAUACGUUACCUUGAAUUUUGGUCGGCCGGCUGCGAUUCCCAAUGCCUCAACAAUCAAGGAGGAAUGCAGACAACGACAACACAAGCACCAGCAACAUCACAUAUGAUGGCACCAACUUCCUCAAUAACAACAGCUAGAACAACUACUACAGUCAAGGGAACAACUAUGACUACUACAAGACCAACAACCACCUCAGCCACAACACCUACAAUGGCACAAACUUCCUCAACAACAACAGCUACUACAGCAAAAAUUACAACAAUGGCUGCAACUACAACAGCUACAGCUCCAACAACAACCUCAACUACAACAGCUAUGAUCGAAUCGACUUCUUCAACGACAACCACUACGCCAGAAACGACAAAUGUGACCACUACAACAACUACAGCUCCAAUGACAACCUCAGCCACAACACCUGCAAUUACAUCGACUACAUCAACAACAACCUCAACCACAACACCGGCAUCAGAUACAACUACAACAACUGUUUCAACAACUAGCUCAACUGCAUCAUAUACAACCUCAAGCGAUGCACCAACUACCACCAACACAGUACCUGAAUCAUCAACAUCAACAACAGAAAGGACUGAACCCAGUGAAACAACCGAGUCAGCUGUGGAUACAACAUCAGAGGGGACAACGUCUUCAACCACGACAAAUGCAUCGACCUCAGCAGAAGAAGAAACAACAGUUGCUGAUACAGCAACAGAUGGUUCAGUCACAACUGCUGAAACUGAUUCUUCCACAUCAGAGGAGACAAACGUCUCAACCUCAACUGCCUCAACUGCAGCAGACGCCUCAAGAAAAAGUAAUGCUAUCGCAUUGGGUAACAGAGGCCAGCACCACGACUUACGCCAUGGCUUUAUGCGUCACUCUAAACACGCAAAACAUGGGGGACACGUAGAACAUGAGAAAAAUGGAAAGCAUGGCUCCUUUCACAGGCAACAGAACUGAGAAUUUCACAAGCGGUGUAACAAAAACGCUUUAACCAAAUUUUAAGUAAACAUAAUAAUAAUCUUUUACUUACGUAAAACACUAAUAAUGGGAGGUUUGAUGCAGAUAUUGCACUGCAGAAGUGAAUGCAUAAUAUGAUGGCAUGAUAACAAUUUAAAAAACCCAGUCAUACUCAUUCAUGUCACUACAUUACUAAUCAUGCACUAAACAACAAUGAAAGUAAUACAUACACAAAAAUUAAAAUAAUAAGUCUAUUAGUCUACUGCCAUUGUUGAAAACGAUGUUCGUGAAGCAACUUUAUAUUUCGUGCCAAACUUUAAAUAACAACCAAUGUAAAUUUAGGAAGAUAAGGUUUAAACAAGCCAAUAAAAGAU